UAUAAUUCUCUUGCCCCACGCCUCUGUUUUUGCUGCAUUUCCUUCUCGAAUUUCUUUUCUCAGUUCAGUCUUCAUGGCUCCUCUCAUCUUCUUAAUUUUUCUCUUCCUAAUGAUUUCUUCAAGCAUUUCUCAGGGCCCCCCCUCACCCGGCUAUAACCCUAGUUCCAAAAUUAGUACACUAGGGUUUGAUCAGGUUUUCAGAAACCUCUGGGGUCCUCAGCAUCAAAAUUUAGACCAUGGUGCUUUAACAAUCUGGCUUGACUCUAGCUCAGGAAGUGGGUUCAAGUCACUUUAUCCGUACCGUUCUGGAUAUUUUGGUGCAGCCAUUAAGCUCCAACCUGGUUACACUGCUGGAGUGAUUACUUCAUUUUAUCUCUCUAACAAUGAAGAACUUCCGGGCAACCAUGAUGAAAUUGAUAUUGAGUUCCUUGGUACAACUCCUGAUAAGCCCUAUACUCUGCAAACCAAUGUGUACAUUAGAGGCAGUGGAGAUGGAACAAUAAUUGGAAGAGAGAAGCAAUUCCAUCUCUGGUUUGAUCCAGCACAAGACUUUCAUAACUACGCUAUAGUAUGGAACCCUACUGAGAUCAUAUUCCUGGUGGAUGAUGUGCCCAUAAGAAGGUACCAGAGAAAGAGUGAUGCCACAUUUCCAUUGAGGCCGAUGUGGGCAUAUGGAUCCAUAUGGGAUGCUUCAUCAUGGGCCACGGAGGGUGGAAAAUACAAAGCCGACUACAAGUACCAACCGUUUAUUGGCAAGUACAAGAAUUUCAAACUUGGUGGGUGUAAAUCCGAUAGCCCUACCUCAUGCCAACCGCCCUCCGCCUCACCGUCUGGUGCGUCGGGUCUUAGUCAGCAGCAGUACUCGGCCAUGGAAUGGGUGCAGAGGAACUACUUGGUCUAUGACUAUUGCAAUGAUUCUAAGAGAGACCAUACUCAAACACCCGAGUGCUAAAGCUCGACUUGCAAGAAAGUUUGCACUGAAUCAUUCUUCUGUAUCUACAAAUCGCGAGCACAGAAAGAAAAACUAAUGUUCACAUGUGUCGUUACAGGAAGAAUGGCUCCUUCUGGCUGCAUAUAAUAUAAGUUAAUAUAUUUGUUGUCCUUUUCAGUUAUAAACAGUUUGUAUGGACUAUGUUGGAGGGCCUAGAGAUGGAUCCCACUUGUGCAAGAGUAGCUGCUGUGCGUCCAAGGCCCUCCGGAUUUAGUUUAUUGUAUGUUGCUUUGGCGUUUAUUUAUUGCUUUCAAUUGUACCAAUGUACCGAUAAAUAUCAAGUGAAAGCAUUAUUCU